CACACUCGAGGGCAUGGUCCUGCGUAGGGAGGCACAGUUGUCUGUCGCGGGCAUUCAGAUGCCUUCAUGGUCCAGUCAGCCGCAGGCCAGGCCACCCGGGCCUCCUUGGGGAGCUGGGCCGUCUGGGCCUUUUCAGGGAGUUGGGUCAUCCGGGCCUUUUCAGGGGGCUGGGCCAUCUCGGCCUUCCCGAGGAGCCGGGCCAUCUAGGCCUUUUCGAGGAGCUCGAGGAGGGCCUGUCCGCAGACACAGGGCUCACGUUGUAGAGGCGGAGCCUGAUGAGGAGGAGGAGGAGGAGGAGGCCACCGACCGUCAAUCAGAGACAUCUGUUGAGGAGGGGGGCUCCGGUUUUGGCUCGGGGAAUAGAGGCGAGGUUGUCCCGCAGAAGAGGAUGAGGCGUGCUUCUCGUUCCCGCUCCCGAGGACUUUGA